AAAGUCGACAUUCUCCAUACACACGCACGGGACAUGUGCAGGCCAAUCAACCAACAAACGCUAAAAAAGCGAAUGGAAACUCUACGGUCUUCGCGACUGCACAACGAAAGAGACUGGCUCAGUCGCGCAAGAAACGAACCUGGAGUCAGACGUGCUCCACACGGUGCCUAAGUUCACUUUGUGUGGUGGGAGAAGUUCUCUUAAGAGAUCUGCUAAAGAGUUUGGGCUCCUCCAAGUGGCGACUAUAGUUGGGGAAUUUUUUUUCUUGGGGGAAAUCGUCACUUUCACUGCCCAAAAGGGAGCCUUGAGGUGGUUAAAAUUGCAUUGGAAAAGAUCCACAGAAGAAACUACUGCGGGGAGCAACAUAGAAGAGGAAAGAAAAGCAAACCUCCUUGUGUGUAUAAAACUCGCGGUGUUGAAUUACUUUACUUCGCUUUUGGACACACUAGCUGCUGAUGGUGGAUACACAUUCAAAAGUCAAGAGUCGGAAUUGUGAAAGGAAUAUCAUUAAACCGUGAAAUACACCAACAACGGCAAGUAGGCUCACGCCGUUAGCACGCGGAGAUGUCUGCCAUCAGACAUCGGCCGUUGCUGGGAUCAGCGGCCAAUGGUGGGGACAGCGAUGAUAACUUCUCGGAUGAUGAGAGCACUCCGCUGACCCAUGACAUCUAUGGCGGCAGCCAGCGCACGGUGCAUGAGACAAAAGGCUGGGAUGUCUUCCGGGAUCCGCCCGUGAAGGUGGACAGUGGGUCCAUGGCCAAUCAGGCGUGCAUGGACAUUACUGUUAAAAUACUCAAAGUGAUUGCGUACCUGCUCACAUUUAUCAUUGUACUGGGUGGUGGCGUCAUUGCCAAGGGCUGUGUUCUAUUUAUGACAUCGCAAUUGAAGAGGGACCGCAAGAUCCCAUACUGCAAUCGUGACAUUGCGCGGGAGAAGCAAUUCAGCGUGACGCUGCCGGAAGAGGAGAGAGUUGCGUGGUCGUGGGCGCUUUUGAUUGUCUUUGCAAUCCCUGAGGUCGGUGCCCUGAUUCGAUCUAUGCGAAUAUGCUUCUUCAAGUCGUGGAAACGACCUCUCACCACACACUUCCUCUUUGUCACCCUCAUGGAGUCACUGCACACUGCCGGAAUGGCCUUGCUGUUUUUCGUUGUACUGCCCGAGUUGGAUGCCGUGAAGGGAGCCAUGCUAACAAACUGCCUCUGUGUUGUUCCUGGUUUCUUGGGACUCCUCUCACGCACCAAAAAAGAAGGUCGACGGGCGGUUAAAGCAAUCGUAGACAUUGCAGCUAUUGCCGCUCAAGUUACGGGAUUUGUCGUAUGGCCCCUUCUGGAGAAUCGUCCAGUUCUCUGGGUAAUCCCAAUUGCAGCAUUUAUGACAUCAUGUGGCUGGUGGGAGAACUAUGUCUCGCCACAGAGUCCAUUCGGCUUCAUACGAGGACUAGGGAGGAUAAAGGAAGAGCUGAGGAUGACAAGAUACUUUACCUAUCUCUUCCUCUCCAUCUGGAAGGUGAUGUUCUUCUCGUGCUUCGUUCUUCUCAUUUGGUGGUUUCAAGGAGAAAAUGUAGCUAAUUUCUUCAGUCUCUUCGGCACUGGCUAUGGCCCACAUAAGAUCAUUGUGGAAGAGGUGGUUACAGUCAAUCAAGCUCUCCCAGAUCUCCUCAAUGCUGGUCAAAUUGGAGAUACAAUCGACAUUGAUGCCGCCUACAACACUGUAAUCUACAUGAUUGUCAUUCAAGUCAUUGCUGCCUAUUUGUGCUACAUCUUCGGGAAGUUUGCCUGCAAAAUCCUCAUUCAAGGCUUCAGCUAUGCCUUCCCAGUCAAUCUCACAAUUCCCGUUUCUAUUUCCCUUCUUAUUGCGGCAUGUGGAAUUAGGAAUGGUGAUCCUUGCUUCUUCCAUGGCACAAUUCCGGAUUAUCUCUUCUUCGAUAGCCCCCCAGUAUUUAGCCUGAGUGACUUUGCAUCUCGUCAAAUGGCUUGGGCAUGGCUCCUGUGGUUACUUUCUCAAACCUGGAUUACAUUGCACAUUUGGACGCCGAAAUGUGAACGUCUCGCCACGACGGAGAAGCUUUUUGUGAGUCCAAUGUACAAUGCUCUCCUGAUUGAUCAAUCAAUGGCCCUCAAUCGUCGACGGGAUGAUCAAGCUGACGUUAAGACGGAAGAUCUGGCUGAGAUUGAGAAGGAAAAGGGGGAUGAGUACUAUGAAACUAUUUCGGUUCACACUGAAGGAUCUGCAGUGCAGAAACCCAGUGUUAAGUCUUCGGAUCAGAUCACGAGAAUCUAUGCGUGUGCAACAAUGUGGCACGAGACAAAGGAUGAGAUGAUUGAGUUCUUGAAGAGUAUCCUGCGACUCGAUGAGGAUCAGUGUGCCCGAAGAGUGGCUCAGAAGUACUUGAGGAUUGUUGAUCCGGAUUAUUAUGAAUUUGAAACUCACAUUUUCUUCGAUGACGCCUUCGAAAUCUCCGAUCAUAGCGACAGCGAUAUUCAAGUUAAUAGAUUCGUGAAACUCCUGGUGGCUACAAUUGAUGAAGCAGCAUCAGAUGUUCAUCAAACAAAUAUCAGAAUUCGCGCUCCCAAGAAGUACCCAACACCCUACGGUGGGCGUUUGGUAUGGACACUUCCUGGAAAGACAAAGAUGAUUGCCCACUUGAAGGAUAAAGAUCGCAUAAGACACCGUAAACGUUGGUCUCAAGUGAUGUACAUGUACUACUUGUUGGGUCAUCGGCUGAUGGAGUUGCCAAUUUCAGUGGAUCGGAAAGACGUUGUGGCCGAGAAUACGUAUCUCUUAACACUCGAUGGAGACAUUGAUUUCCAGCCAAGUGCUGUAACUCUGCUGGUGGACUUGAUGAAGAAGAAUCGCAAUCUGGGAGCUGCUUGUGGACGAAUCCACCCUAUAGGUUCUGGCCCAAUGGUGUGGUAUCAAAAAUUCGAAUAUGCUAUUGGUCAUUGGCUGCAAAAGGCAACAGAGCACAUGAUUGGAUGCGUUUUGUGUAGUCCAGGAUGUUUCUCACUCUUCCGCGGGAAAGCUCUCAUGGAUGACAAUGUUAUGCGUAAAUAUACAACGAGAUCCGAUGAGGCACGUCACUAUGUGCAGUACGAUCAGGGAGAAGAUCGUUGGUUGUGCACAUUGCUCCUUCAGCGUGGCUAUCGUGUGGAAUAUUCAGCUGCUUCCGAUGCUUACACCCACUGUCCCGAGGGAUUCACCGAGUUCUACAAUCAACGACGUCGUUGGGUGCCUUCCACAAUCGCCAAUAUAAUGGAUUUGCUCACGGACUACAAGAGGACCAUUAAGAUAAACGACAAUAUCUCCCUCCUGUAUAUUUUCUACCAAAUGAUGUUGAUGGGUGGUACAAUUUUGGGCCCGGGCACGAUCUUUCUUAUGUUGGUCGGUGCUUUUGUGGCGGCAUUUAAGAUUGACAACUGGACCUCCUUCUACUACAACAUCAUACCCAUUCUCCUGUUCAUGAUAGUAUGCUUCACGUGUAAAUCGACUAUUCAGGUGAUUGUAGCGCAGAUACUGUCAACCCUCUAUGCACUCGUGAUGAUGGCAGUAAUUGUGGGUACGGCACUCCAGCUCGGCGAGGACGGCAUAGGAAGUCCAUCGGCAAUAUUCUUGAUAUCACUAUCGGGGUCAUUCUUUAUAGCGGCGUGCCUCCAUCCUCAGGAAUUUUGGUGCGUUACCGCUGGCAUAAUCUACCUCCUGUCUAUUCCGUCCAUGUACCUUCUCCUUAUUCUCUACUCCAUUAUCAAUCUCAAUGUUGUCUCGUGGGGCACGCGUGAGGUUGUGGCGAAGAAGACGAAAAAAGAACUCGAGCAGGAGAAGAAGGAAGCUGAGGAGGCUGCAAAGCGUGCCAAGCAGAAGUCACUGCUGGGCUUCCUACAGGGUGGUGUUGGUCAGAAUGAUGAUGAGGAGGGUGCUAUUGAGGUGUCACUCAAUGGGCUGUUCAGAUGCAUGCUGUGCACGCAUGGGAAGACAACUGAGGAGAAAGCUCAACUUUCGCACAUUUCUGAAUCCCUCGAUGCAAUUCAAAAGCGUUUGGAAACACUUGAGAAAGUGGUCGAUCCACAGGGACAUCACCAUCAUCAUCAUCGUCGACGCACCACUUCUGCAAGCUCGCGUGAACAUCAACUUGGCUCCGUGGCAGAGGGAACGGAAAAUGAAAGCGAAAAUAGCGACUCUGAGUCGUCAACUGUGCAGCGUGAAGAACGAGAUUUCCUCACAAACCCAUACUGGAUUGAGGAUCCCGAAUUGAGGAAAGGAGAGGUGGACUUCCUCUCAAGUUCCGAAAUUCAAUUCUGGCGUGAUCUCAUCGAUAAAUACCUCUAUCCAAUUGAUCAAAAUAAAGAGGAACAGGCACGAAUAGCGACGGAUUUGAAGGAUCUGCGGAACAACUCGGUGUUUGCAUUCUUUAUGAUAAAUGCACUUUUUGUUUUAAUUGUCUUCCUGCUGCAAUUGAACAAAGAUAAUCUCCACGUGAAAUGGCCCUUUGGCGUGAAAACAAAUAUAACAUAUGAUGAGACCACUCAAGAGGUGCACAUCUCGAAGGAGUACCUCCAAUUGGAACCUAUUGGUCUUGUAUUUGUCUUCUUCUUCGCCCUCAUUUUGGUCAUUCAGUUCACUGCAAUGCUGUUCCAUCGAUUUGGCACACUCUCCCACAUCCUCGCAUCCACAGAACUCAAUCUGUGCUUCAACAAGAAGAGCGAGGAUCUCUCGCAGGAUGCCCUGAUAGAUAAGCAUGCGGUGGAGAUAGUAAAGAAUCUCCAGCGAUUGCAAGGGAUAGAUGGGGAUUAUGACAAUGAUUCAGGCAGUGGACCAGAUCGCAUUGCCAGGAGGAGGACUGUGCAUAAUUUGGAGAAGGCACGACAGCCGAGAAGACAAAUUGGCACACUGGAUGUGGCCUUCAAGAAACGUUUCCUCAAACUCACAGCUGAUGCUGAAAAUAAUCAAGGAACUCCCAUAUUAACGCGCCGAUUGACAAUGCGCCGAGAGACCAUCAGGGCCCUCGAGGUGAGAAAGAAUUCAAUAAUGGCCGAGAGACGAAAGUCCCAAAUGCAGACUUUGGGAGCCAACAAUGAGUACGGCAUAACGACCACAACAACCAUGAACAAUAACUUGGGAGUCCCUCCGGUACGUAAUCUUCGAACUUCUAAUGCAGGAAUUAACGUCAAGGAUGUUUUUGAUGCAAAUGGAGGUCCUGCACAAGCGAUUUAUGGUACAACGACUGGUCAGGUGAAUCAAGCGUAUGAGCCAGUCAUCGAUGAGGAGGAUCGCAAUUCACUCCGUUUGACGCCACGAAAUCAAGUUUCGUGGACAAAUAGCACUGAUAGAAGACUAUGAGGAAGAGUUUUGUAACAUUAUUCCCCUUGUAUAGGUAUUUUAAUUAAUUUUAGGAUAGUUUUUUUUUAAAUGUUGAAAAUGAUUGUGUUCUUCCAACGAGACACUGCCCUCUUUUAUAUGAAAUGUAUAUUAUGUACUCUCCCCCCAAAAAUCUGCAAGACAAUACGAAAAAAUACUCUUCAACGUGCUUCCAAUUAUUAAUGAAAAAUCAUUUGUUUAGUUAGUUUUGCCUUCAUGCAUUCAACCUUUUUAUUCUUUAUGAUUUCUUAUAAAUCAUUUUACACAUGAUUUCUCUACUCAAAUUAAAAUAUGGAAAAUUAUUUUAAUGCUAUCGCUUCAGAAGUUGGUAGUUCUUUCCGCUUAAAUUCUCAUUAACAUUUCUCUAUAUAAUGUUUUAUUUUUAUUUUGUUUCCAACAAUUUCGUAAGAAAGAAAAAAUGUGAUCAAGGAUUUAUUACUCAUUUUUUGUAUGUAUUAUGUACUUUUUUUUUAAAUUGUAUAAUUUGUAUUUAUCACAAAGAAACAAAUCUUACUCAUUAAAUGUAUUUAGAGAGAUGCAAUAAAAUGUUGAUAUUUACGUAAAAA